AUGGAAGUCACUGGAAUCCAUAUGCAUGAAAUGAGCUUGCAAGAAGCCGUAGUACGCGCAUUUUCAUCCAAAGACAUAGCUGACCAAUUGGUGAUCGAUAAGCUCGUGAAGCUCGUGAACAAGACUCAGUCUCGCGAUGAUUUUGAUGUCACUGUCCCGCUGAACGAUUCCACUUGGCAAAAAUGUGGAGGUGUUGGUGAUAUUCAGCUUCUCGAUCACAAAAGUGCGAGCUCCAAGUUACCUCAGCAUUUCCAAGUGAAAACUUGGCAGGUUCUUCCAAAUCGUGCGUUCUUGACCUUGGAGCGAGGCCCUUUCGUGAAUUGGGUCUUUAAAAGGUUCAAACUUCCACGCGGAUCCAAGACUGAGAUGAAAGUAAUCAAUAUGGAACUAGAGAAGGCGAGCAACUCAACCAAUCUUACCAGUUUACGAUGCUCCAUGGUAGCUCAGAUUGCAUCCAACCUCUCCAUCUUUUCGGGCGCUCAUAAAUCUACGCUCAAAAUUGGAUCUUCUGAUCGAAAGUAUCUCAAGGUUGACGAGAAGGACCUUACUUGUCAAAUAGGUGCGGUAGUUCAUCCAGACACGAAGAAAAAGAUCGUUGACCGUACCGUCUCUCAAGUAUACGAUACGUUGUUUAACAUUCAAAAGAAUAUUCUCAUGGAAAGAAGCAAUCCUGAUAUGAAGAGUGAUCAGUUCUCGGCCAAUGAUGGACAUUUAACUCGUGCCAACUUAACAUUCCAAUUAAUGAACUCCAAUCCGGCAUCUUCUUGCCUUAUGAAAAUGGAGGAUUGUAAAGAAGCGAGUUUUUUGUUGUAUAACUACACUCGUAUUAUCCACAUUCUGAGAGGAUUUAAAAACGGCCCGUAUCCAAAAUUGGCUGAAGCUGAGUCAAUAGAUUGGUCGAUCCUGGACGAAAACGAAGAGUGGACUUUGAUCUUCUCCUACGUGUCCGAAUAUUCGCGACUCAUUCAAUCCAUAGGAAGCGAUUUGGCUCAAGGCAAAUUAGCCAUCCAUCGACUUUGCCAGUUCCUCAUUGGGUUGUCCAACACCUUCAGUCGCUUCUACAACCGUCUGCCCGUGUUGAAAGAGCCGAGACCAAAUUUGCUUCCUUUGAUAUUUGCUCGAAUUCACUUGGUCCAAAUUGUGCAAAAAGUGUUGGACCACGCGUUUUCUCUUUUACAAUUGGAACCGGUAUCGAACAUGUGAAUAAACAAACCUGAGCUCACGUAGGUUCUAGCACACGCUCGGACCACUUUGCUAAUUUCGAAGAUAUCGUUUCAGA